AAUAAGCACACAUGACAUUUGGCUGAAGUUUUUAAAAUUCUUCCUUCUUGAGGUAUAAGCACCAUUCAAUUCACCAGGCCUUCUGAGCAACUAUUGAUUGAAUUUUAAGUACCUACAAUCUUCCAAAUCUGCCUAAUUGAUUCACUGAAUCAUAAGCUAGUCAAUCCCAUUUUAACCUUAUGUAUUGUGUAAAUAUGGCCGGUGGUUAAUUUGUUUUCCAGUGAGCUGUAUUCCAAUUGAAUUAAGUAAAUCCUGUCUCCACUUAUCCAUCCUAAGAUGCAGCUCAGGUUCCUUCCAGGAACCGCACUUGCGGCUUUAUUUUCAAAUAAAAUGUUAAAAUAGGAUCACCUGACAAUGCUAAAAGACAGCAGAGCAAACACCGCCGGGACACACCAAACUUGCCCGUACAGUGGUGAAGAUAGUAUUGUUAAACCUAGUUAUCUGAAUUCGGGCAUUGGAUUACCAAAAGAAGGUCAAAUUCGCUCCAAAUCGGCUGGCUAACUCAAAAUUCAGCCAAGAAGCGGGACUGCCGACAGCUCGGCCUUUGGGAUGGGGUUGAAGCCUGAAGGGCAAGGGGGGAGCCUUCCAAGCACGUGAGUUUGCGGUGGAAGCAUCCGUGAAGCAACAGAAGAACCAGCCCAAUCAGGGAAAGAAAAGUAAGUCUCUGAAGGGCGCAUCUUCGCGCGGUAGAUUCUGAUUUGUCUUCGGUUUCUUCAUUCAAGGCGCCGCCCUCUCCUUCCCUCAGGUGAACAAGGAAGGCACUGGCGAAUCCAGAUUCCAGAGGGCGAAGCGUCGGCGGAAGGGGCGGGUGCCAGCCUUUCUCCAAGCAGCCCGCAACUUUGAUCUUUGAUCUUCUCCAGCAGUUGGAGAGGUCGGCGAGGAUGAUGGGAAUUGGAACCCAGCUUGGGGAAGGGGUGCCUUCCAAGCAAGUCGGUUUGAUUGAUGUUUUCGUUGAGCUGCAGCAUAUGCGCAGAAGCUCCGGAGUGGUGGAAUUAAUCAUUUUUUUAAAGGGUUCAGCAAUCAACGUUGGGUUUAGGAGCUCGUUUUUCGUUCAUUCCACCCGGACCUUAUCCAAGGAGGGAGAAGGCAUUCCGCCUGUCUACUUCUCAAACCAGGUCACAAUCCAUCUACAAUUAUCUGAUCUUUUUGCCCAGCUUCUCGCUGUGCCUAAACUUGGCGAGAAAAAUACCUUAAUCCGGGAUAGAAGCUGCGAGAGCCGAAACAGGUGGCUGCUGGAUGGCAGCGCCGCUGCCGGAUUGGGCGGUCAAGUUUCUGAGGCUUGAGGUCCCACCAAUCACCUCUUUUUUGCACAGUAAUUCCAGCAGUAAGCGGCCAAUCGUUCCAGUGCCUCUGCUUUGGAAGGGGCGGAGGCUCUCGCUUGCUCCGCCCUCCUUGGGUGAAAGAAGCAGCUCUUCCCUGCUGAUUGCCUGCCAUUCAUGAAAGCGAUCAAAAUCUUUUCAAUCGCUCUUCUGGAGUCUGCGCAGCCGCUUGCAUCUCCGCAGGUUGCGGCAGGUUCGAGGAGAUCCUGACGCAAGACGUAGCGUCAAGAAAUAGCUUCUAGGUUUAGAAACUAUUCUGUGUAUGUGGAGUGCAUGUGGACAUUUGGAGACGUUAACUUAGAGAAUACGGUUGCAGUCAAAACUCGUCUCCAGUCAUCCUAAAUCGACUCACGAAGAAGCCCAUCGGAUUACCCUUUUGCAAGCUGAUAUAAGGGGAUAUAUCUUUCCUUAUUGCCACGGUUUACCGCAGGCAUUAAAAGUCCUGGUAUCUAAAUUAUUUUCCAGGUUUACGUGGAAACUAGCUGUGAUAUUAUAUCCUAUUCGGGAUGUUGUGCCUGCUGUUAAGCGUUCAGGGGACAGAAACAUCACAGCAAAGCACUAAUGUAGAUGUGGUUCGCUUUCCAUGUGUAGUUUACAUCAAUGAAGUGCGUGUGAUUCCUCCAGGAAUAAGAGCUCACUCUAACUUACCUGAAAGUAGAGCUUAUGGUGAGACAUCUCCCCAUACAUUUCAGUUAGACCUGUUUUUCAACAAUGUCAGCAAACCAAGUGCACCUGUAUUUGACAGGCUAGGAAGCCUAGAGUAUGAUGAAAACUCGUCAAUUAUUUUCAGGCCCAAUUCAAAGGUAAACACUGAUGGCUUAGUUUUAAGAGGCUGGUAUAAUUGCUUGACACUGGCAAUAUAUGGCUCUGUUGAUAGAGUAGUAAGCCAUGAUAGAGACUCUCCUCCACCUCCCCCACCUCCUCCUCCACCUCCUCAGCAACAACAAGCUUUGAAAAGAACUCCAAAAUUAGCUGAUGGAGAGAAAGAGGAACAGUUCAAUGGCAGCCCUCCCCGGCCUCAACCUAGAGGACCAAGAACCCCACCUGGCCCCCCUCCUCCUGAUGAUGAUGAAGAUGAGCCGAUGCCUGUAUCAGUUGCCGGAGAAAAAGAAGAUGAUGUUGAUCACAGAGAAGAUUAUUUUGAGCCCAUUUCUCCUGAUCGGACUUCCAUUCAUCAAGAAGGUCCAUAUUCUGAUGAGGCGGAAGUGGAGGAAGAACAAGCAGAAGAAAUGGAUGAUGAUGAAGAAGGUGCGGAUGUUGAGGAGGAAGAGGAUGAAGAAGAGGAUGAUGAUGGUCAAACAGUAGAUAGCAUUCAGGAUGAUGAAGAGGAUGAUGAUGACGAUGAAGAUGAGGAUGACGAUGAGGAUGAGGAAGAAGAGGAAGAAGGUGAUGAAGAGGAAGAAGGUGAAGGAGAUGAUGGUUAUGAACAGAUUUCAAGUGAUGAGGAUGGAAUUGCUGACUUGGAACGAGAGACGUUUAAAUACCCAAGUUUUGACAUUGAAUAUACUGCUGAAGAUUUAGCCAGAGUGCCACCUGUAACCUACGAUCCUUUUGAUAGGGAGCUUGGACCCCUUCUAUAUUUCAGUUGCCCCUAUAAGACCACUUUUGAGAUGGAAAUUGCCAAGAUGAGAGAUCAAGAUCUAGAGAAGGAAAACAGUGGGGCAGUAGAGAGUUCUGCUAAAUUAACUGAGCUCCUUGAAUUAUAUCAGGAGGAGAGAGGUGCAAAGUGGGUCACAGCUUUGGAAGAAAUACCCAGUUUAGUAGCCAAAGGACUAAGUUAUUUGCAAUUAAAGGAUACAAGCCAGGAUUACCUAAGCCAGUUGGUUGACUGGACAAUGCAGUCUUUAAAUCUUCAAGUAGCCUUGAGACAACCGAUUGCUUUGAAUGUCCGUCAGCUGAAAGCUGGGACAAAACUUGUCUCUUCGCUGGCAGAAUGUGGAACUCGAGGAAUAGAAGCACUCUUGCAAGGGGGAGUAAUUGAUUCUUUAUUUGAGUUGCUCUUUGCGGAUCAUGUGUCCUCUUCCCUUAAACUUAAUGCUUUUAAAGCUUUGGAUAGUGUUAUUAGCAUGACUGAAGGAAUGGAAGUUUUUUUGAGGAAUAAUUUGGAGGCCAGUGAAAAAAGUGGCUAUCAGAGACUGUUGGAACUUAUUCUCCUGGAUCAGACUGUAAGGGUAGUCACUGCGGGUUCUGCCAUUUUACAGAAAUGUCACUUCUAUGAGAUUCUGUCGGAGGUAAAAAAAAUUGGUGACCAGCUAGCAGAAAAUUCUCCACCCCUUCCAAAUCAUUCUGAGUCUGAGCAGGAUCCAGAUGCUGGGCCUGAAAGAGGCAACCAGGAAUAUGAAAAUGACGUGGAUGCUCCAAUGGAUAUGGACAAUCUUUUGGAGUCCUCCACUAUGAAUGAAGGAGAAAUUGAAAAGCUCAUUAACCUUUUAGAUGAAAUUUUGCAUUUGAUGGAGACGGCCCCGCACACUAUGGUGCAGCCACCUGUGAAAUCUUUUCCAACAACAGCACGUAUUACAGGGCCUCCAGAAAGAGACGAUCCUUUUCCAGUUCUGUUCAGGUAUCUCCACAAUCACAAUUUUUUGGAGUCUGUCACUUUGCUAUUGUCUAAUCCAAUAACAAAUGUGCAUCAUGGAGUGCUUCAGUCUGUCAGAGAUAUUCUGAGAUUUUUAGCACAGUCACAGAAAGGUCUCCUUUUUUUCCUCUCUGAAUAUGAAGCCACCAAUUUGUUGGUUCGAGCAUUUUGUCAGUUUUCGGAUCUCGAUCAAGAAGAAGGUCUGCAAACAGAUGGGGCAGGCGAUGAAGCAUUUCCCUUAUGGCUUCUUCAUUCGACUCAGACACUGCAGUGCAUUUCAGAACUGUUCAGCCACUUCCAGCAUUGCAUAGUCACUGAUGAAACUGACCAUUCAGAUCUCCUGGGAACACUUCAUAAUCUUUACUUGAUCACUUUUAACCCAGUAGGAAGAGCUGCUGUUGCCCAUGUCUUCAGCCUUGAGAAGAAUCUCCAGAGCUUUAUUACUUUAAUGGAGUUCUAUUCCAAAGAAGCAUUAGGUGAUUCCAAAUCAAAAAAGUCAGUUGCGUACAAUUAUGCCUGCAUCCUUGUUCUACUGGUGGUACAGUCUUCAAGUGAUGUCCAGAUGCUUGAGCUGUACUCAGCACCCCUGUUGAAGCUUUGCAAAGCUGAUGAAAAUAAUACCAAAUUACAAGAACUUAGUAAAUGGUUGGAGCCAUUGAAAACAGUCCGAUUUGAAAUUAAUUGCAUCCCAAAUCUCAUUGAAUAUAUUAAACAGAACAUUGAUAGCUUGAUGACUCAGGAAGGAGUUGGUCUCCCUACAGCACUUCGUGUCUUGUGUCAUAUUGCAUGUCCUCCACCUCCGGUUGAAGGUCAGCAGAAGGACCUUAAAUGGAACCUUGCAGUUAUUCAGCUCUUCUCUUCUGAAGGAAUGGACACUUUUAUCAGAAUUCUGCAAAAACUAAACAGCAUUCUUAUUCAGCCCUGGAGACUCCAUGUCAACAUGGGAACAACUCUUCACAGAGUCACUACAAUCUCUAUGGCCCGAUGUACUCUCACACUUUUGAAGACCAUGUUGACUGAAUUGCUACGGGGAGGAUCCUUUGAAUUUAAAGAUAUGCGUGUUCCUUCAGCACUUAUUUCUUUACACAUGCUUUUAUGUUCUAUAACACUCUCUGGGCGUUUGGACAGUGAUGAACAGAAAAUCCAGAAUGAUAUUGUUGAUAUCUUGUUGACUUUCACCCAGGGUGUUAAUGAGAAAUUAACUAUCUCCGAAGAAACUCUAGCCAAUAAUACUUGGUCACUAAUGCUAAGAGAGGUUCUUACUUCUGUUCUAAGAAUUCCAGAAGGAUUUUUCUCUGGCCUUAUAUUACUUUCAGAACUACUGCCUCUUCCACUGCCUAUGCAGACCACUCAGGUUAUUGAACCACAUGACUUAGCAGUAGCUCUCAAUACUAGAAAACUUUGGAGCAUGCAUCUUCAUGUCCAGGCAAAAUUACUGCAAGAAAUAGUACGAUCCUUUUCUGGUUCCACUUGCCAGCCCAUUCAGCAUAUGCUAAGGCGCAUUUGUGUACAGUUGUGUGACUUGGCCUCACCAACGGCUCUCCUUAUUAUGAGAACUGUCUUAGAUCUACUUGUAGAAGAUCUUCAAAGCAACCCAGAAGAUAAGGAGAAACAAUACACUGGUCAGACCACUCGCUUGCUUGCUUUAUUUGAUGCUCUGGCUUCGCACAAAGCUUGUAAAUUGGCCAUUUUGCACCUGAUUAAUGGAACUGCUAAAGGCGAUGAAAAAUACACCGAAGUUUUCCUAGAACUUUUGACUUUGAUGCAAACUGCAGGGGAAAAUAUCAUUCAUCAGCAAUGUUCAGAAUACUUAGCUUCUAUUUUACAGUCCUUCUGUGACCAGGACAUUGCCCUGAUCUUGCCCAGUUCCUCAGAAAGUACUCUUUCUGAGUUGGAGCAGCUUUCCAAUUCAUUGCCAGGCAAAGAACUCAUGGCUUCCAUCUGUGACUGCCUGAUAGAAACAAUUAUUAAUGCUGAAAGCAGCUAUACCUGCUUGCUGACUUGUAUCAGGACAAUGAUGUUCCUUACAGAGCACGAUUAUGGAUUCUAUCAUCUGAAAAGUUCUCUUGCAAAACACUGUGAUGCUCUGCAAACAGUAUUGAAGAGAAUAGUGAGCAGCUUCAGUAAAGACACAGGAGAACUUGCCUCUUCCUUUCUGGAUUUCAUGAGACAGAUACUAAAUUCUGAUCCUUUGGGAUGUUGUGGGGAUGAUGGGAGUCUUGCGGAAGUAGAUGGAAGUCAUCCCACCAGAACCCUGGGUCUUAGUACUGCAGAAUUAAAGUAUCAGUUGCAGACCAAAGAAGAGACUCCUGAAAACCUGCUCCUUGAACUGGAGAAACUGGUUUUGGAGUGUUCUAAGGAAGACGAGAGCCUGGAAUCAUUACUGGAUAAUGUUGUUGGACUUAGGCAGAUGUUGGAAUCUGCUGGAGAGGCUUGUCCUCUAAGUGAUCAAGAUGUGGAACCAAUUUUGCCUGCUCCAGAAUCUCUGCAACAUCUGUUUAAUAAUAGGACUAUGUACAUCUUGGCAGACGUGAUAGAUGACCAGUUGAAGUCUAUGUGGUUCUUACCAUUCCAGGCUGAAGAAAUUGAAACUGAUCUUGACAUGGUGAAAGUUGACUUAAUUGAACUGUCGGAAAAAGGAUGUAGUGACUUUGAUCUGCAAGCAGAGCUAGACAGGUCGUUUGUUACAGAGCCUUCUUCUCCUGGUCUGACCAAAACCACAAAAGGCUUUAAACUUGGCAAACACAAACAUGAGACAUUUAUAACUUCCAGUGGAAAGUCAGAAUACAUUGAACCUGCCAAGAGGGCUCAUAUUGUACCUCCACCUAGAGGAAGAGGCAGGGGAGCAUUUGGCCAAGGCAUCCGCCCCCAUGACAUCUUCCGCCAGAGGAAACAGAAUACCAGCAGGCCGCCCUCUAUGCAUGUUGAUGACUUUGUAGCUGCAGAGAGCAAAGAGGUGGUUCCACCAGAUGGGAUCCCAACUCCCAAGAGGCCACCUAAAGUUUCACAGAAAAUUUCUUCCCGUGGUGGCUUCUCAGGGAACCGUGGAGGGCGUGGAGCCUUUCACAGCCAAAACAGAUUCUUCACACCACCUGCUUCGAAAGGAAAUUAUAGUCGCCGUGAAGGAGCCAGAGGAUCAAGCUGGAGUGCCCAAAACUCCCCCCGAGGAACAUACAGUGAAAGUCGAGGUGGUCAGAGCAAUUUCAACAGAGGACCUCUUCCCCCCCUGAGGCCUUUAAGUUCUGCGGGCUACCGGCCAAGCCCCCGUGAUCGUGCUUCCAGAGGUCGUGGUGGAAUUACACCAUCUUGGGCAAGUACCAACAACAGUGGUAGUGGUGGUUCAAGAGGGAAGUUUGUUAGCGGAAGCAGUGGAAGAGGACGUCACGUUCGUUCCUUUACUCGAUAAACAGUUCUGACUGUGAACAUUUCAAGAUGAUGGUGAAACAAUUAAUUAAUUGAGGACCAAUGCUAGACCUUUGGUAUUUGAAGGCAGCAAGACAUUACUUUUUUUAGGGAUUCAAUUUUGUUUCGUACAAGAUCUGAGAUUUCAAUAAAACUGUCUUUUUUGUGUGUAAUAUUUGUGUUUGGGGCAUGACAUGGCAGUGUGCCAGAAAUAAAGAAUUUUUUUUCUA